AUGACAGCUGCAGGUGCUCGGAUUUCAUACCUUUCCGAUCUUACCCCUCCCUCCCUCGAGCGGACGUGGUUGACUGCUCCGCACCCAACUCUCCCCAUCGUUGCGACGUGCAGCGCCGACAAGACGGUGCGGAUAUACUCACUCACAAACUUCAAGCUUCUCUCGACGAUAUCCGGAGGUCACAAACGGAGUGUGAGAACUUGCGCCUGGAAACCGUUGGUCAAAGGGGAGAGUGUGCUCGCCACAGGCAGCUUUGACGCCACUGUUGGAAUCUGGAGACGGUGGGACAGUUAUGGAAGGGAAGAGGGCGGCAGCCAAGCAUGGGCCAUAGAUGACUCGAAACCGAACGGAGAAGAAAACCAUGAUGACGAAGGCAGAGGGUCGCUGAGACCCGAGGAUGAUCAUGACGCUGAGGAUGAAGAGGAGUGGCGAUUUGCGGUGCUACUGGACGGACAUGACAGCGAGGUGAAGUCCGUGUCCUGGUCACCGUCGGGGAUAUUACUCGCAACGUGUGCCCGCGACAAAUCAAUAUGGAUCUGGGAAGAUCUCGACGAUGGUGACAACAAUUUCGAGACGGUCGCCGUGCUUCAGGAGCAUACUGGAGACGUUAAAUGCGUCUCUUGGCAUCCAACAGAAGAAUGUCUCGCCAGCGGUAGUUACGACGAUACGAUCAGGAUAUGGCGAGAGGAUAUCGAUGACUGGGGCCAAGUUGCUUGUUUGAAAGGUCACGGUGGAACAGUGUGGUAUAUAGACUGGGAGGGAGCGGACAAUGCGCCAUCAACAUCUCCGUCAUUGACUGCAGACGAAGCCGCAGCGGUGAAAGAUCGAUGGAAGGAACACCAUGCCCUGUCGGGGCCGAGAUUGAUCUCUUGCUCCGAUGACCGGACAGUCCGUGUAUGGCGCAGAAAGCCCAAGCAGCAGUCAUCAUCCGCUGGCACUGGCAUGCCGAGCAUCAUCCGCCCUGUCGGGCUGGACGAGACCUGGUAUGAGGAAGCAGUGCUACCGGCAGCACAUGAUCUUUCCAUCUACGCUGUGACAUGGAGUAAGAGAACAGGCCUUGUCGCGUCUGCAGGGGCGGACGGCAAGAUUGUAGUAUAUGAGGAACGAUUCGUGUCUGCCGAUGACAAUCUUUCCAACGAAGGGGAUAAGAUGGAUGUCGAACCUGCUGUUGAAAAUCAGACUGACGGGCAUACGCCUCCAUCACUGCGAACUGAAUGGGUCAUACUCGCAACGAUCGACGCAGCGCACGGCAUCUACGAAGUGAACCAUAUCAGCUGGGCGAAGCGUGCUGAUCGGAAGCGUCAUGAGUCCUCCUCGGCAGGAGAAGAAGAGAUCCUCGUCACCACGGCAGACGACGGCAGCGUCAAAGUGUGGACAGUGGAUCGGUAG